ACUUCACGCGGCCCAGCUUUGCUUCGCCGUCCCUGCUUACCCUCCAUGGCCGCCGCCGCCGCCGCCAUCUUCUGCGCCGCCCUCCGCCGGAGCCGUCCGGCCGCCGCGGCGCUCCUCCUCCGCCGCCCCCUCCCGUCCUCUCGAUGCCUCUCGCCUCUUCCUUCUUCUCUCGGCGGAGCUUCUCGUGUCUUCCCCCGCGUUCCGGGCUCUGCCGGAUUUGGCCACUACGCCACCGUCGCCGAUGAGUCUACGCCUCCCGCGAGGCCCAAGGGCAAGGCCAGGAAGAACCCCAUGAAGCAGUCCCGCUUCGACUUCACCAAGGUGGACGCCGCGCUCCUACCCACCGUCAUCCUCGUCGGCCGGCCCAACGUCGGCAAGUCCGCACUCUUCAAUCGAUUUAUACGGAGGAGGGAGGCAUUGGUGUACAAUACACCUGGGGACCAUGUCACCCGGGACAUUCGUGAAGGAAUUGCUAAGCUCGGUGAUCUUCGUUUCCGUGUGCUUGACUCAGCUGGACUUGAGACAGCAGCAACGUCUGGUAGCAUCCUUGCUCGAACAGUUGACAUGACUGGGAAUGUGCUAUCUAGGUCUCAAUUUGCCAUUUUCUUGAUUGAUGUCAGGGAUGGUCUACAGCCACUGGAUAUUGAUGUUGGACAGUGGCUGCGGAAGCAUGCAUCUGGGAUACAUACCAUUGUAGCAAUGAACAAAUCUGAGUCCCUUGAUGAGCAUGGAGUACUGACUGCGGCGGCUGGAGAAGCCCACAAGUUGGGUUUUGGUGACCCAGUUGCAAUAUCUGCAGAGACAGGCCUGGGGAUGGCAGAGCUUUAUGAGACACUAAGGCCAUUGUUUGAGGACUACAUGUUUCAGCUACCAAACAAUGGGCUCAACCAAGAUGACCCUACCUCUGAGGCUGAGACUGAGGCCCAUGAAGGUGAUGAAAGCAAGUUACCUUUGCAGCUGGCAAUUGUGGGGCGUCCUAAUGUUGGGAAGUCUACCCUGCUGAAUACUUUGUUGCAAGAACAAAGAGUUCUGGUUGGUCCAGAGGCAGGCUUAACAAGGGACUCUAUUCGGGCUCAGUUUCAGUUUGAUAAUCGAACUGUAUAUUUGGUGGACACUGCAGGUUGGAUGGAAAGGUCAGGAAAGGAGAAAGGACCAGCAUCGUUAAGUGUGGUGCAGUCCAGAAAGAAUCUGAUGAGAGCUCAUAUUGUAGCUCUUGUUCUGGAUGGAGAAAAGAUCGCAAAGUCUAAGAGUAGCAUGAGUCAUCCGGAAGUUAUGAUAGCACGGCAGGCAAUAGAAGAAGGGCGUGGACUUGUUGUGCUUGUCAAUAAAAUGGAUCUUCUUAAAGAAAACCGACCAUUGUUUGACAAAGUGAUAGAAGCUGUUCCUAAAGAAAUCCAGACAAUUAUUCCCCAGGUUACUGGAAUACCAGUUGUGUUUAUGUCUGCAUUGGAGGGCAGAGGGCGGAUUGCUGUCAUGCAUCAGGUUAUAGAUACUUAUGAGAAGUGGUGUUUAAGGUUGUCGACCUCACGGCUGAACCGUUGGUUGCGGAAGGUUAUGAGCAGACAUUCCUGGAAAGACUCAGCCACACAGCCAAAAGUGAAGUACUUCACUCAGGUGAAAGCGCGCCCACCGACAUUUGUUGCCUUUAUGAGCGGGAAGGUUCAGCUAUCUGAUACAGAUAUAAGGUUCUUGACAAAAUCUCUCAAAGAAGAUUUCGACAUUGGAGGGAUACCAAUCCGGGUUGUACAGCGCUCCAUUCCUAGAAAAGAGACUGUAAAAACCAACAGCAGGAAUACCGGGCCUAGGAUCAAUACCAGGAUGAGAACAGAUAAAAGGACAACAGUAUCUGAACCCACUACUGCUUCGUAGAGGAUGCUGGUACUAGCUAACCCUACAGAAAGGCAUCCUUGUCGAAUUGAGAUCAGGUGCAGUCAUGCAGUUUUAGCUGUCCAUUGGUGGUGUGCCUUGUUAGAAGGUGGACUAGCGGAACGAACGAACAGAAAUUGCUGCAUGUCAAUCAAAAAGAUGUGGCCAGUAGCAAGAGUUUUUGCUGCCUGCACCGGAAGUGAUCAAAACAGUAGCGGUUUUAGUAGCUUGUUGAGAGCGAAGGCAACGGUGUACCGAGGAAAGCUAAUUUCAACUGAGUACCGAGGAAAGCUGCAUCCUUGCUUUGAUUAUCAAUGCCUGAAGGCAACGGUGUGGUAGUUUUUUCAACGAAGCACAAUGGGUGUACACUGAGAUCGUAUUUCAAAAGUUGUUCAAAACAUGUCAUGACGGAUAUCUUGCGUUGUACAGACAACAGUAAAAUAUGUUGCGAGCUGUGAAUCGUUCGUAGCUAUAUUUACUUCUCCCUCCCUGUGUAGUGUAAUAAAUGAUGUUGAUUUUCU